GCUCCCUCCAUCCCAGACCCUCCCUCCUCCUCCUCAGUGGUUCAGGGAGACUGGAAUGUAAUCCAAAACAUCACAGGUUGAUCCUGUUGCUGCUCAGAGAGAGGAGUCAAAGUCCCUUCCCUGCUCCAAGGUGAAGGUCCUGGGUCGUGACAUGCCCGGGGAGCCUCGGCAGGGCAGCUCCAGGCGGGAGGUGUCCUCGGUUGCAGCAGCUUCUGUGAUCAAAUACUCUGGAGUAGCCCAAGAGCUGGAUGGGAGAAUGAACCCUGAGAAAAGGACCUGGGACAGAAGAGGCAUGGAAUUCCUGGGAGGAGCUGCUGCUACGGUUGGUGUGAAGUUGGUUGAGAAAUUCAUAGACGAGGCAUUCGAGCGAGGAAGUAAGAAAAAAGGAUGGGAACCAGAGGCCUCAAAGCCCCAGGAAUCAUGGAUGAAGGAGGACUUCCAGAAGCUCAUCCAAGAAAUGAAAGCUAUGCGUGAAGAUCUCCAGAAAAGGCAGGAAUACACAAAUUGGCUUUUUCAGCUGCUCAGAGAAGACCUGAACAAGGAACAAGACAGGAAAAUGAAGAAAAUGGCGAAGGCCCAGGAAUCCAAGAUGGACAAGGAAUUCCAGCAGCUCCGCCAAAGGAUUCAAACUCUGGAACAAGAAUUACAUGGUAGGCAGGGGUCCAAACAACACAGCCUUCAGCUCCUCGGAGCAGAAACGGAGAUGGAACACGGUGUGCUGAUAGAAAGUGCAUCAGAAGACGAGGGCUCUGAUACAGAUGCAUAGACAACUGCUGAGCUGGUGAAGCAUUGAUCAACAAAAUUGAAGUCUGGCACUCAUUACAUUUCUCUUGAGCUUGGGCCCCCACCCCCUGCACUCCCUGGGCUCACUGUAUUGGGAAGUGUUCGUGCUGCUGGAAGACUGAGAUAAUUGUUAGGGCUUUUCUCCCUCCUGUGAGCUGGUUCCUGCUGUGCCAGGGCAGAUCCAUCCACUGCCCGGUUUCAACAAGUGAAAGCAACAGCAGCCAAAGUGCAACCCAGAGCAGAGCAGCUGAAUUACCCAGCGAGCUCUACACAAAAUCUCAGGGCAGAGUCCUGGGAAUCCUGGAUUUUAACAUUCUGUGUGUGUGAAGAAUCUGGGAUGUACAGCAGUGGGGGAACCAUUUCACCUGGAGAAUGAAGUGUUCAGUUGCAAUCCUGAUUUUUCUGUGACAUGUUUACUACACUCGCAUUACCUGUCUUCUUUCCUGCUUCUGUUUUUAGUUAAUGUGUAUCAGCACAAGUGUA